CUUAUAAAACAACAUGAAUGGAUAUAAAAUAGUCAAUAUAAGAAUGAUCAUAGUAAUAUAAUUUCUUGUGAAUGGCGUUGAGUGAGAUAAGUAAAAGUGCAAAGGUUGGUUUGUGAGACCUCCCACUGAUCUGUCAGAUACAAAGACCAAAACAAUGCAACCUUACAUAACAGAGGUUCAUAUUUAACAGCUGCAGUUUAGUCAGGUGCCUGUCGUCUCCGACAUCCACAAUUUACGUUGUUAGAUCCCUGAAUACACCUGGACCCUGUGGAUUCUGUGCUGCAAAAAGGGAUCUGCUGUUCAUUGGGAACGAAGAACCCGGAGUCAUGAAAAUGAGGCGGGAAAUUGGACUGCUCGGAGGAGUGGCACUAGUUUCGGGAACCAUGAUUGGAUCCGGUAUAUUUAUGUCCCCUCAGUUUGUUCUAGCCUAUGUAGGAAGCCCUGGAGCAAGCCUGGUGAUCUGGGGACUCUCGGGAGCUGUCGCUAUGGUCGCAGGCCUCUGCUACACUGAAAUAGGGACCAUCAUCCCUGAAUCUGGUGGAGACUUCAUCUACAUACUGAGGAUUUAUGGUUCAUGCCCUGCUUUCUUUGCAGCAGUCACUUUUAUCCUACUCAUCAAACCGUUUGCCGCCGCUGCAAUGGCAAUUAGCAUAGCAGAAUAUGCCAUAGCACCCUUCUACUCCGGCUGCCAGGCUCCUCAGCUGGCUGUGAAAUGCACUGCUGCCGUCACCAUUGUGGUCGUUGCAAUCGUCAACAUCUUGCAUACCCGCAUUGCUCUCAGAGUCCAAGUGGUUUUCUUGGUGGCCAAAGUGAUAGCGCUGACGGUCAUUGUAGUUGGUGGAAUAGCAGAAAUCAUACAGGACAGCAGUAUGAUUGUGGAAAAUUUGAAAGUAGAGAAUUCAUUUAAAGGGACUCAGACCUCUGUAAGCGCUUUAGGAAUGGCUUUCUAUCAAGGACUUUAUUCUUAUGCUGGCUGGUACAACCUGAAUUAUGUCACAGAGGAAUUGAAAAGACCAGAGGUGAACCUCCCCAGAGCACUGAUGAUAGCCAUUUUUCUGGUGACUGGCUUGUAUCUGCUGGUGAAUGUGAGCUACUUUGCAGUAUUGACACCAAAAGAGCUCAUGUCCUCCACUGCUGUGGCUGUUACCUGGGGGAAUAAGGUGUUGGGCAGUUGGGGAUGGAUCAUGUCGGUGGCUGCAGCCUUGUCUGCCUUUGGUUCCUUGAAUGGGACGUUCUUCAGUGGGGGUCGCUUGUGCUACGUCGCUGCCAGAGAGGGUCACAUGCCAGAUAUUCUGUCCAUGGCUCACGUGCACCGGCUUACACCGUCCCCAGCCCUGAUCUUCACCACCGCUGUGUCUUUGAUAGUACUGAUGAUGGGGGACUUUCAGAGUAUCGUUAACUACUUCAGUUUCACAGCCUGGUUUUUCUACGGCAUCACUUUGGGUGGGCUCAUUUAUCUCAAAAUCAAGAAGCCAGAUCUCCCCAGGCCUUACAGCGUUCCCAUAUUCCUCCCCAUAGUCGUCCUUCUCGUGGCAGUAUUCCUUGUGCUGGCACCCAUCAUAGACCAACCUGAGAUUGAAUACCUAUAUGUGACUUUAUUUAUCUUAAGUGGAGCUUUAGUUUAUGUACCUUUCAUCCAUUUCAAGCUCUUCCCAGGACUGUUCGACAAGGUGACGGUGUUCCUGCAGCUGUUCUUAGAGGUUGUCCCAGUCGCGAAAAACCUGUGAUUUCCCCAUUAACAUCAGCAGAGUUCUUAUGUAAACUAUAAUCAGCCUGAUAAAUAAGACAUAAUAAGGAAUAUGUUUUGUUUACAUCGACUGUGUAUGAAUUACCGUAUUUCCCGCACUAUAAGGCGCACAUAAAAGCCUUUAAUUUUCUCAAAAACCGGCAGUGCCCCUUAUUCAUUACGGUAAUUUCUGUUACUGUAGUCAGGGGGAUUGUGGGUAAUGUAGUUGGUGUCGCCGAAGUAAUGGCGCUAAAAACGUCACAGACGUUCAAGACGACAGCAGCGACGCUGACUCGCAUAAUGGCGACUUUGACGAGACGGAGCAAAGCUGGUUUUUAUUUUGUUAAUAAAGUUUGACAUACAGUACUUUUCUUCUUGUUUUUUUUUUUUUGCAUUUGCUGUAGGACUUUGUAGCAUUUCCUGUAGCGCAGCUCCAUCAGGUAGAUACGUAACUCAACCCCAGCCACUAUAGUACGGUAUUUUACCAGAUAUUUAGUGCGCCUUAUAAUGCGGUGCGCCUUAUAUAUGGAAACGGUUUUAAAAUAUGUCAUUCAUUGAAGGUGCGUCUUAUAGUGAGGAAAAUACGGUACAAUUUUCCAAUAUGUUACAAGAUUCUGUUGAUGGCCUCUUACUCAGAGGCAAAAACAGAUUGUGAAUUACAAUUCUUCAGUUUAUUGUAAAUAUCUUUUUACAAAAGCACAUGAAUUUAUGUAAAAUAAAUCUUAUGAGAACAAUCCAAAUAUUCACUCAAAAUGUCCCUUUUUUUCCUUUAACAGGACAGCUAAAAAGAAUAUUUUAUCUCUUAUCUUGCCAAAUGUACACACUUUCUUAAGACAUUUCGGUUUAUUCUAGCUGCUUUAUUUGACUAAAGUGGGAAGAAAAUUAUUGCAAAUUUGUGGGGGUUUUUUUGGAAGGAGGAUAGAUGUCCUCCUUCCAUAGAAUUUCACGUAUAAGGAGAUAACCAAAUAACCUUUAUGGCAAAUUCUUUUUAGCUUUCUGAUCCUUGUAUGUUUUAUGUUUCUUUGUUUCUUGUUUUGAUAUGUUUUUAUUUUUUUGUAAAGUUACUUGUCCUUGUAUGUAUUUUCUUUUAUGUGAAACUGAAUUUAUUUUUCUGCUGCCAUCUUGACCAGGACUCCCUGGCAGAAAAGAUAUUGUAUCUCAAUGGGACUUUCCUGGAUAAAUAAAGGAUAAAUAAAUAAAAUAAAAUUCACAGCAUUAGACAUUUACCAGAGUUGGAAAAAAAGGGUGAAUUGGACUGCGACAAAGGGAGUCAGAGUUGCUGUGUGAGGAACAACUGGUAGUUUGCAGAUUAACGAAAAGCUGAGCAGCCCCAGUUACGAUGACCCACAUUAAUCACUAACAAUUUCUAAUCCUUUGGUUUUUCCAUGUAUUUGUAAAUAAAACUGCAUAAAACAAUA